GCUGUUGCGGUGAUGAGGCAGGACUCCUGGUGGCCUGUGUGGCUGGCUGGGCAGCGGCCCGAGGUGAUGUGAUGGGUUGCCGGAACAGCAAGGUCCUCCCUGAGCCUCCAGGGGAUGUUCAGUUGGAUCUGGUCAAAAAGGUUGAUCCUCAGCCUCCUCAGACGGAUAUUUAUAAGCACUUCAUACGAGGGGAUGGCACUGGAAGCAAGACUGGCGAGGCUGGAGGCGUGGCAGCUGAAAAGCCUGACCACUCUUGCGCAUAUCAAUGCCAAGCACAGGCUGCCACUCCCACUUCCGCUUCAGCUCUGAUUCCUAAAGACCCCUCCAAACUGUCACACCCUCAGCGAAAGAAGGUGGCGAAGUACCGAGCCAAGUUUGACCCCCGAGUCACGGCUAAGUAUGAGAUAAAAGCCCUCAUAGGUCGUGGGAGUUUCAGCCGAGUUGUCCGGGUGGAGCACAAGAGCACGCGGCAGCCGUACGCCAUCAAGAUGAUCGAGACACGUUACCGCGAGGGCAGGGAGGUGUGUGAGUCAGAGCUGUGCGUCCUGCGUCGGGUUCGUCACACCAACAUAAUCCAGCUGAUGGAGGUGUUUGAGACGGCAGAGCGUGUCUACAUGGUCAUGGAGUUGGCCACAGGAGGGGAGCUCUUUGACCGCAUCAUUACUCGCGGUUCCUUCACAGAGCGAGACGCCACCCGGGUGCUACAGAUGGUGCUGGACGGCGUCAAGUAUCUCCACGCUUUGGGGAUCACUCAUCGGGACCUGAAGCCAGAGAAUCUGCUGUACUACCACCCUGGAGCCGACUCGAAGAUCAUCAUCACUGACCUCGGUUUGGCUAGCAGCCGGAAGAAAGGAGACGAGUGUCUGAUGAAGACCACCUGCGGCACACCGGAGUACAUCGCCCCAGAGAUCCUAGUUAGGAAGCCCUACACAAAUGCCGUGGACAUGUGGGCAUUGGGGGUAAUAUCGUACAUCCUGCUGAGCGGAACCAUGCCCUUCGAGGACGAUAACCGCAUGAGGCUCUACCGGCAGAUUCUGAAGGGGAAGUAUAGCUUUUCUGGAGAGCCGUGGCCCAGCGUGUCCAACCUGGCCAAAGACUUUGUCGAGCGGAUUCUGACAGUGGACCCCAGCGAGCGGCUGACGGCAGGCCACGCCCUCAAGCAUCCCUGGAUCGUCAGCAUGGCGGCGGCCUCCUCUAUGAAGAACCUGCAGCGCUGCAUAUCUCAGAACCUCUUGAAACGCGCUUCGUCGCGCUGCCAUAGCACGAAGUCAGCCCAGUCCACGCGCUCCAGCCGCUCCACCAAGUCCAAUAAAGCUCGCAGGGUGCGAGAGAAGGAGCUGCGCGAGCUGAACCGUCGCUAUCAGCAGGAGUAUAACGGCUGAAAGCUCUGCUGCGGCCCUUUGACUCACAAACGUUUGGUCUCAGAAACGACUGAAAGAGCAUUCCCAAUCAUAAAAAGCCAAAAACACCUGAAAGGUGGUGCUUUGCUACAAACAUUCCUACCAGUUCAAUGUGCUGAAACAAGGAAGUGAAGACUAUAAAUCGAAAAACUGAAGAUGCAGGUUGGAUCAUUUGGUUGUUUCUUCUUCACCUGUGUCACUAUUUAUUUAUUAUUGUGACAAUAAAUCUCCAUUCAAACGGUCGCUGGGUAAUGACCUUCCAAAUGGAUGUGCUGAACAGAGUUCUGGACAUUGAUGUUUCUAGGAAGCAAUGGGGUGAUUCUCACGAACAUGGUCCAACUCGUAGCAAAAAUUAAAAAACAUAUACACACAAAAACACUCACUCUUUAUAAAAUGGAUACUAAUUUUACUUUUCACUGUAAAUGUAUAAUCUAUAUGCACAUUUUCUAGGUAUUUUUAAACAUUUUAUUCUAACUUUGAGCAAAUAAAUUCAUUACCGUAACACAAUUUCCAUGAAGAAAUUUGAAACCACAAAACCUUUUUUUUACAUUUUUUGGACACCAAGGACUUCAGUGUGCACAGAGAGACGGAUAUAAACAAAAAUAGGCAUUUCUAGCAAAAUGUUUUAUUUUACUGCAAAAAAUAAUUUCAUCACUGUAACAGUGAUGCAAAUUUCAAAGUUAAUUUGGAUUGUGAUUUUGUAUCAAAUCAUUACAUUGAAAAAACAAUAUAACCAUCUUAUAAAGGGUCUGGCACAUUUCAUCAAGGGAUUAAAAUAUAAAAGUAAUUCAUAGAACUAAUCUAAAUAAAUCCUCAUAAAGUUAACAUAGCAGUAAUGAAAAAACGUAUGUCGGUAAUGAAUAGCAAUGUUUCAGUAGUGAACCCUUCAUAACUAUAUUAAUAUUGAACUACACAAACAAUAAAAUACCCUAGUAAAACAUACAUUUGCAAAUUUUAUUUAAGUUUAUUAAGUCGACAUUCACAAACUGAACAGAAAAAUAGUCCCAUAUUUGCGUCACAGUGCUUACAGUAACAGCUAUAAGGACUAGGAAGUGAAUCGGAAGCGUCUUGCUGAUGAACAGGUAGGCAGUGGUUCAGAAAUAGUACAAACUGAAGUAAUAUUCAUUUAAAAUAAAUGGGCAACAUUACAAUAGUGCUAUAGCGCACUGUUUAAAAUUGUUCAUAUUUGUGAAUCUGUUAGAAGCAAAACAAAUUCACAAAAGACAAUGGGAAACAAUGAGUUUGAUUUAGGGUAAAUGCAAAAGCAAACAAGGCACAGGGAGA